AUGGAGUUUCCUCCUUCCUCUACCGCCAUGCCAUCAUACGACACCGUUUUCUACGCCAUAUACCCCGAUUCAACCACCACCACAACCGCCACUCUCCAAUCACUCCACCUCCAAAUCCUACAAACCAUCUCCCCCUUCACCACCGACUACAUCUGGCAACACCAGCCCUUCAACCUUUCUCUCUCCGUUCCCCCAAACCCUACCUGUCAGUGCCCUUCCUCCUCAAAACUCCCUCACCUCCACGGCCACCUUCGCUACGGAGACAAUCUCGACGAUGAAUGGUUUACCGUCUUCCUCCUCUUCCACAUCUCCACCCACUUUCCUUCCCUUUCAAUCCGUCUCUGGGACUCCGACGGCGAGUUUCUCCUCAUUGAAGCCGCCUUCCAUCUUCCUCGCUGGGUUAACCCUGAAACCUCCGACAACCGUAUAUUUCUCCGUAACGGCCAUAUCCACAUCAUACCCCGUAGCAGUCUCUCUUCCCCAUCUCUAACGGAUUCACUUAACUUCCUAUCAACCUCCGAGUCCAAAUCGCGGGUCUCUGAACCUGUUCAGACUGCUAUUAUGAACAGGAUUAAGGAUUACCCGAACCAGGCAAGGAAAAACAUGCAUAGUGUUAGGGCCAGGGUUCCGGUGUCAGUUGCAAGGGUUCUUAAGCAUGAGCCGUGCUUGAUUUCGUUGGCAGUGGAAGGAUUCUAUGACAGGGACAUUGAUGCAAUGAAAUUUGCGGCGAAAUUGGAGAAAUUCUUGGAGAAAGGGAAAGGGGAAGAGUUGGUUUGCGUUUCUGUGAAGAUGUCGAGGGCUAUGUAUGCACAGCUUGUUCAGCAAACGUUUAAGGCUCCGAAGGUUUAUCCGGAGCUCCCAAGCCGAGACAGGAGGGAGGAGUUUGCGGAGGCUGAGUUGGGGUUGAAGAUUACUUGUGGGAUGGAAAUGAUGUAUCAGCAACGGAAGCGUGACGGGGUUGAAGGGAAGGGUUCUACUUGGGAAGUGUUCAUGCAGAGUUUGGAGAAAAGUGGUUACUUUCAAGGGCUGCUUCCGGGUUCUAGUGAGUAUCAGAGGUUGAUGCAAAAUGCUCAAGAGUAUUAUAGAAACACUUCUCUACACUCCAAGGCCAGUGACUUGAUGAGUGCUCCUGUUAGACGCAUAGAUGAAAUUCUUGCUUUGCCUUAUUCGGUGGACGAAUUUAAAGAUCAGGAGGUUCCUCCAUCUGAUAGUGAUUAUUGGCGUUACAACGGAGAGGAAGAGUUAAAUUCUGCUCUUAACGAAAGACAAAAGGAGAUGGAACUUUUUGACUUAAAACACAAAAAUAAAGGGAAAGGAAAAAAGGGUCAAGAUAAUGGUUCAAAUGCUGAUGAGUUUAAUCCUGGUGAUGUAGCAAAACUUAUGCGAGCAUUUGUUGACAAGGUGUCAAGUUUUGAGGGUGCUGAAGCUCCUGAAGACAGAAAUAAGGAGGUGGACUUUGAUGCGGAUCAAUUUUUCAAAGAGAUGGAAUCAGUAAUGAAUUGUCCAGGUGAAGCUGCCAACAGUAAUAUCGAAGAAGGAUCAUCAUCUGACCUGGACUUCGAUGAUUCUGACGAGAAUGACGAGGUUGAAUCUGCUGAGGAGAAUGACGAUGAAGAGGAUAAUUUCGUACAGGCUUAUUCUAAUGCUAUGGAUGAACAACUAAAGCCAACAACCCUUCCGAAAACUUUUGUUGGUGUUGAUAAAAUAAUUCCAAAGAAGGAUGAGGGAACAUCACAUGCCGCAGAAGAUAUGGAUGAGGACUUUUCUCCUAUAGACGUGGAUGUAAAUUUAGUGCAAAGCCUUCUUGAUUCAUUUUCUUCUCAACAAGGGCUUCCUGGUCCUGCAUCCAAUUUGCUUGGCCUCCUGGGGGUGAAGUUACCACAAGAUGCUAAGAAGGGAAAGUAA